AAUCGUGUUUUUAAUUGUAAAGUUGAUGCUCUACCUUUUGGAGGAGUUGGCUUCAGUGGACUUGGAAGUAAAUAUCAUGGGAAAGCGUCUUUUGACACUUUUUCAAACAAGAAAUCUGUUCUUAUUCGAAAUUUCAAUCCCAUUUUAGAAAAAAUUGCAAGUGAUCGCUAUCCUCCAUUUUCUGAAGCCAAAAGCAGUCGUUUAAGAUUUCUUUUAAAGAAGAGAAAGAAUUACAUACCAUCUUGUUUGCCUUACUUAGCCGUUUUUGUUUUGGGAAUGAUGUCCAUUAUUAUUCUAAAAAUAGUUUUCAACGCUGCUGACUGGAAUGAUAAAUUACCGAAGAUAUUACAGUAAAUCUGAGCAAAUCCUGCUUGAUAGUUGUGAAUUUUUAUUAGUUAAUCGGUGCACAAUUUCUAAAAUGAAUUUUAUAUUAAAAUUGUAUUUUUUUUGAUAAAUUUCUAUUCUUUGAAAGAAACAUAAAUUCACAAAGAAGAGUUAUUACUGCUUAUACCAUAAUAUUUAUAUUGAAAUAUUUGAAUAGUAUCGUGUGCAUUUUAUAGCUGCUAUUAUUUCAAUGAUAUAAAGAUGAUAAACUUAAUUUUAUAGAAACAUUAACAAAGUGGAAUAGCACAGCAUUUAGGCUGUAUAAAAUAAUUCCAUUUUACAUUUUUAAUUAAGAAUUUCAGGGAAAUCUGUUAAUCACAUGGCUGUCUGAUAUUUGUGUAUUACAUUUAGGGUUUUACAUUUAAAGCUAAUUGAAUUUUUAUGAUUUUCCAUGUGUAAUUUGGAUUGGACGGUCUCCUUUCCUCUAACAUACUGACCGUUUUCAUUACAAGAUAGGUCACAAGUAAUGGACGGAGCCUGUAUAGCCUAUGUAUAUUGAUGUCUUGCAUUUAUAAAACUAAACAUAAGACAGGUAUUUUAAUUGACCAAAAAGAAAAUUAUAUCAGAAAUCUUCAGAAAAUAAUGGAAAAUGCAUGAAAAUCAUUUUAAUAUAGAUUACGUACCGAUACUUUAAUAAAUGAGUUCUUUUUUAUUUUUUAUACUUAUUUCUGUUAUCUCCAGAAGAAUUCUUGUCUUGUUCUCUCAUUUUAUAUGUAUUGGAGCAAAUCAUUGUAAUGAUUUGCACCAACCAAUACAAUAAUACAUGUAACAAUUAUUAAUGCAUUUUAUAAUAUUAAUAAGUAUUAAGUUUAAUUCCUGUUAAAAUUUUUUUUGUUUUAUUGUGCAAAGUUUUGUAAGAUUUUAUUUUGAAGCUGUACAGUUAAAAUGUGAUAAUAUUGUUACGUUAUAAGAUACGAUAAAUUAAGUAUCUUUUUACUGUUUGGAACAAAAAUUUUAAAAUAACCAUGCAGAUGUGUGUACCUGCAGUAAGCCCAGACUCAAGAUGCCAAACUUUUAUAGUACUAAAAGCUAAAAUCUAUAGUAAAAAGUAUUAUAAUCUUUCAUUUUCUCACAGAACUGAAGUGUUAGAAAUUAGAAUUAGUUUAUCACACUUUUUUACAAAUUAAAGAUGAAUUGAUAUUACAAAAUAGUUUACAAAAAUUGUAUAAAAUAGCAUGAAUGCAUCUAUAAUUAAGUCUGUUCAGAUUUCCACAAUUCUGAGCUGGCUUUGUAUAAAAUGUAAAUAUUGAUUGUGUAGGAUAUACUUACCCCUAUUACUGUAUAUACUUGUUUGAUUAAAAAAACACACGAAAAAGUCUUAAAAUAUUUUAAAAUUAAAGUAAAUGCUCUAUGAAUGACAAUUAAAACAGUUAUUUUACAUUGACACAAAGUAAUUGAAAAAUUUUAUUGUAUCUUUCCUUAUUCUUUGUCACUUAGAACAUUCUCUGAUUUUUUUUUCUUCCUAGCAUGAAGAAAAUACAUUAAAAAAAAAUAAGAAAAAUAGUGAUUAUUUACUUAAUCAUAGCUAAAUACUGUAAAUUGCAAUGUAUAAGUUGACUUUUUAAGCUUGAAAAAGCUCAAAUUAUGACUGAUAAGUGUAAUGUGGGUAUAUCUUAUAAUUGAGAUGGGUUGAUUAUAAUAAUAAUAA